AUGGUGAUAUGCAACUGUCAAAUGAGAAUAACAGUUUUGAAGGUAGCCAUGAUGAUGAUGAUUUUGAGCAUGAAAGUAAUGGAUACAGUGAAGAGGCUGAAGCCAGGCUUUCUGGAUUACGAUUUUGUGCUCAAAGAGAAACCUCCUCAAGAACCAGCUGCAGAUGCUUCUGCUGAAACAAAGACUAAGUUUGCCAACUGGGAAAAGGCAAACAAGAUGGCUAUGUUAAUCAUGCAAAGGGCUAUGUCUUCAUCAGUGAAAGGAAGUAUUCCUAAAUCUAAGAAUGCACAGCAAUACUAUGAGGCAAUUGCACAGAGGUUUAAGGAAUCCGAAAAAGCUGUCAAGAGUACCUUGCUGAAUCAAUUGAUUGAUAUGAAAUAUGAUGGGCAAGGUUAUGUGAGAGCUCAUAUCAUGAACUUGAUUGACUUAGGGCCAAAACUACAGGAAUUGGAUAUGACAGUAGAUGAAGAUAUGAUGGUCCAUUUUGCACUAAAUUCAUUGCCUAAAGAAUUUAAAUCUCUCAAGGAAACCUACAUUGCUCAGAAGGAAUCAUAG